CUUAUUUCACACACUUUAUUUGAUACUUUUUAUAUUCAAUUAACUUUGCGAGUAAAUUUAAGUUACCGCUCAGCAGCAUCACAGGAGUCAGUCACUGGAUUUAUUCAUGCCGCAUUUUGCUCAUCACUGAUUUCAUUGCAGCUGUUUUGUUUUCGCUACCAAAACGUUUAGCAGUGCAAAGAAAAUUGGAAUUUAUAGUGGAAAAUAAGAAAUGGUAAAUGAUAAAAAGAGGCGUUCGCGAUCACGCGAACGUUAUCGUGAUGAGCGCAACGUUGCUGCCAACGAUAGGGACCGCGAGCGUGAACGGGAGCGAGAGCGGGAACGCAACCGGGACAGAGAUAGGCAAAGGGAACGGGAGCGGGAGCAGCGCGAUAGACAAUUUGACAAUCGCGAGAAGGACCGACGCCAACGACGCUCGCGCUCAAGAGAGGAUCGCACUAGACGCGUUGGCCGCUCGCCGGAGCGUCAGCGUCCAGUUCGUGAACGCUCGCGAGAGCGUGCAGCACGCAAUGGAGAGCCGGAUAAGAAGACUAAGUUAGAGACGACCACAAAGAGCGAGCCGACAGCCAGCGUAAUUAAACCAGAAGAUGAGCAAGUGGAUGACAGCGAUGCCAAGAUCAAGAAGGAGCCGCUGUCGCUGGAGGAACUGCUGGACAAGAAGAAACGUGAGGAACAGGCGCGAAGCAAACCUGUGUUCCUCACCAAGGAGCAGCGUGCUGCGGAGGCCUUAAAACGCCGUCAGGAAGAAGUCGAACGAAUGCGUGCCGCUCAAGAUGCGGCCCGCGAACAGAUGCAGGCAGCCAACAGUGGCAGCAGCAAGACAAUUGGUGCCAUUGCCACCGCAUCGGCACCACCGCCAGCUGCCAUGCCGCCGCCCCAGACCACAAAGUCGGAGCGUCGUGAACGCGGUGGUGAUCGAGGAGAACGUGGAGGCGGUGGGGAGCGUGAACGUGAUCGCGACAGCAAACGCAACGAGGAUUUGACGCACAAGGACAAGGAGAAGGAGCUGGAAGCAAUACGUGAACGUUAUUUGGGCAUUGUCAAGAAGAAGCGUCGCGUUCGUCGGCUCAAUGAUCGCAAAUUCGUCUUUGACUGGGAUGCGGGCGAGGACACCUCCAUUGAUUACAACAAUCUGUACAAGGAGCGUCAUCAUGUGCAGUUCUUUGGCCGUGGCAAUGUGGCCGGCAUUGAUAUCAAGGAACAGAAGCGCACACAGAGUAAAUUCUAUGGCGAUUUGCUGGAGAAGCGACGCACUGAGGCAGAAAAAGAGCAGGAGAAGGUGCGUCUCAAGAAGAUGAAGCGCAAGGAAGACAAACAAAAGUGGGACGAUCGUCACUGGUCCGAAAAGGACAACGACGAGAUGACCGAACGCGAUUGGCGUAUCUUUCGCGAGGAUUACAACAUUACCAUUAAGGGUGGCAAAAUUCCCAAUCCCAUACGCAGCUGGAAUGAGUCUGGCUUCCCCGCCGAGAUUAUCGAUAUCAUCGACACCGUGGGCUACAAGGAACCGACGCCCAUUCAGCGUCAGGCCAUUCCCAUUGGUCUGCAGAAUCGUGACAUUAUUGGCGUCGCCGAAACGGGUUCGGGUAAAACGCUCGCUUUUCUUAUACCGCUGCUGUCAUGGAUUCAGUCGCUCCCCAAAAUCGAACGUCUCGAAGAUGUGGACCAAGGCCCCUAUGCCAUCAUAAUGGCACCCACACGUGAGUUGGCGCAACAGAUCGAGGAGGAAACGACAAAAUUCGGUCAACCUCUGGGCAUACGCACCGUGGUCGUUGUGGGAGGCUUGUCCAGGGAGGAACAGGGAUUCCGAUUGCGUCUGGGCUGCGAGAUUGUCAUCGCGACACCGGGUCGUCUCAUCGAUGUGCUGGAGAAUCGCUAUCUGGUGUUGAAUCAGUGCACCUACAUUGUGCUUGACGAGGCAGAUCGUAUGAUUGACAUGGGUUUCGAGCCGGAUGUGCAAAAGAUUCUUGAAUAUAUGCCAGUGUCCAAUCUAAAACCGGAUACAGAGGAGGCAGAAGAUGAGAAGAAGCUGAUGGAGAACUUUUACUCCAAGAAGAAGUACAGACAAACCGUGAUGUUCACGGCAACGAUGCCGCCAGCUGUGGAGCGUUUGGCACGCUCUUAUUUGCGUCGUCCGGCUACGGUAUACAUCGGAUCCGUGGGCAAGCCAACGGAGCGCACCAACCAGAUCGUGUACAUGAUGGGCGAGAACGACAAACGCAAGAAGCUCAUGCAGAUUCUAUCGGCUGGCAUCGAACCGCCCGUUAUCAUCUUUGUCAAUCAAAAGAAGGGCGCCGAUGUGCUGGCCAAGGGUCUGGAGAAGCUUGGCUACAAUUCCUGCACGUUGCACGGUGGCAAAGGCCAGGAGCAGCGUGAAUAUGCGUUGGCAGCCCUCAAAUCGGGAGCCAAGGAUAUAUUGGUGGCCACUGAUGUGGCUGGACGUGGUAUUGACAUCAAGGAUGUCUCGCUGGUCAUCAAUUACGACAUGGCUAAAUCCAUCGAAGAUUAUACGCAUCGUAUUGGCCGUACAGGACGUGCGGGCAAAACGGGUGUGGCCAUUUCCUUUGUGACCAAGGACGAUAGCAGUUUGUUCUACGAUCUGAAGCAGUGCGUCACUGCAAGUCCUGUGUCCGUUUGCCCGCCCGAGCUCAUGAAUCAUCCGGAGGCGCAGCAUAAGCCCGGCACGGUGGUCACCAAAAAGCGACGAGAGGAGAAAAUAUUUGCUUAAGUGACAGAAAUAAUUGCAUGCAAAUUCUCUCAAUAAAACCCAACACAAAAUAAA